UUUAAUGCUCGCGAGAAAUUACGAUACUACAAUCUAAUAUGGCAGCCUACACGACCAAAAAUUAGCGGAAGAAAAAAUCCUUGAAUCAUGAAUAGGAUAACAAGACGAUCAUGUUUAUACUGAUAAACAAUUGCAUAACAUUGCCAAAUUGUAGAAUUUGCUCUCUGGUAUUCGACACCAAUAUUUGAAAAGAAGCAAAUUGAAUACAAAGUUCAGGUGUAGGCAUUGUCGUCGCCAUUUACAUCCAAAAGAGGUUCACAUUUGUAUCUGACAGCUUUUAAAAACAAUGGCACAUCUAGAAUUUAAACCAUUUGACAAAAUAUUCGCCAAGAUGAAGGGAUAUCCGCAUUGGCCAGCAAGGAUUGAUGAAGUUCCAGAGGGUGGAAAGCAAGCACCUAAAGGAAAGUUUCCAAUCUUCUUCUAUGGGACUCAUGAAACAGCAUUCCUUGCCACUAAAGAUAUAUUUUUAUAUGAAAAGUGGAAACACAAAUAUGCCAAGCCACAGAAACGGAUAGGUUUUAAUGAAGGACUCUGGGAGAUAGAAAAUAAUCCAAAAGUUAAAUUCUCUGGUGCACAACCAAGUUCUGAUGAAGAACAAGGAGAGGAAGAACAAGAGGUGGAAGAAGAAGAACAAGAGGUGGAAGAAGAAGGAGAAGAAGAACAACCUGAGUCAGAAACUGAAGAACAGGCUAAAGCUACGAAGAAAACACCUAAAAAGACACCCCAGACACAGAAGAAAAAAGAAUCGCAUAAAAGAAAGAAGUCUACAUCAGGGGGUAAACCUGCAAAGAAAGCGAGAAAAGACGAAGGUUCUGAUGAAGAGGUUGCAGAUGAAGAAGAAGAGGACGAAGAAUCACCUGAUAAUGAUGAUGAAGAGGAUGAGGAUUUUGAAAUGGACGAACCUGCAAAGAAAAGCAAGAAGAAAACACCAGGCAAGACAAAUAAGGCAAAAGCAAAAAGAAAAUCAGUUGAUUCAGAUGAAAGUGAUAAAGAGGAAGUGGAGGAAGAAAAACCCACCGAGGAGAAACAGGAAAAGAAGAAAAAGAAAACACCAGCCAAACCAGCACAGAAACGACAAAGCAAAGGUUCAAGACCAUCUACUGGAGGAAAAAAUAAAAGUGUUUCCAAACCUGCAUCCAGCGAUAUGAGCAGUCUAUCUAGUGACAGUGACUCUGAAGACGGUUUGAGCAGCUGGAAAAAGAGAGAUUUAGAGAAAAAGAAAGAAAUGGAAAGAAAAAUAAAAGAGGCAGAAGAACGUACCCACAAGGAAGAGGAAGAAAGAAUCCGUAAAAUCCAUGAAGAAAGAUUAAAAGCUGAGGCUGAAAAAGAGGAAUCGGAAAGUGAUGAUGGUACUUCCCCUAAACGUGAAAGAAAGAGAAAAAAGUUCUUUGAUGAAGAUGGUGAAAACAAAGACAAGUCGGAAAUAGUCAAAGAAAGAAGAGAAUCCCAUUCUCCAAAAGACAGUGUAUCAAAACAUUCUAAAAAAUCUGAUAAAAAGGACCAUAUAAAAAUGGAUAAGAAAGAUUCAGAGGACAAAACAGAUACGAAACAUGAUAAGGACAAAUUAAAAAAAGACAAUGUAGAAAAAUCAAAUAAUGAAUCUGAAAGUAAAGUGAAAAAGAAAGAACCAAGUAAAACAAUAGAAGAAUUUAUAAAAGAAAACCGUGAAGAAGAAGAGACGAUCAAAGAUGAAAGUGAUAAUGACAUUUCUAAAAAUUCUAAACAUAGUGAUCAUUCUGAUACUAGUAAACCUGUUAAUUCUCAUGAGGAGAACAGUCAUUCGGUAUUAGAUAAAGAGGCACAAGAGGCUGAAAAGGAGGCAGAGAGACAACGACGGAUAGAGAGGGUUAGAAAACAGAGAGAAAAAGAAGAAGAAAAGGAAAGAAAAUAUCGAGAAAAAGAGGAAGAAAAGGAACGGAAAAAGCGAGAAAAAUAUGAACAGAAGAAAAAAGAUAAAAUAAGCUUUGUACAAACAGAAACUAAGUUAAUGCAGAUGGACAAAGAGAUAAAGAAAUGUAUACAGAAAGACCAUGAAGCAACUGACGUAGACAAGUGUAUAGCUAUAAUGGAGGAUUUAGAAGCUCUACCUGUCAAUCAGAUCAUGUUAAAGAAAAAUCCAGACAUUUUAAAGACAAUAAAAAUGUUGAGGAAGUAUAAAGGCAGUGAGAGAAUUAAACAGAAGGCAGAAGUAAUUUACCACAAGUUCAAAGCUUUCUUUCUGUCAGGAGAAGACUUCGGCUCAACAACACCAGUAGUGAUAAAAGAGAAGCAUAAAGAUGUGAACUUGGAAAAAAAGAAAAGAGAGAAUAAAGAAAAUGAGAUACAACAGACCUCAGAAAAUGGACCAAUAGAAGAUGUCAAUGUUUCAUUGAAUUUAGAUUCUACGAUGGAAACAAGUGUUUUAGAUCAAACAGUUAUAAAUAAUGAUAAAUCUGAUGAUAAAACUGACAAUGCAGACAAUAAGCAGGAUACAGUAGAUUCGGCAAAUAUACCAAAUAAUAAAUUACCAAAUCGGACUGCAGAGAGUCACUCAGACUGGCCUUCACUUCCAAGUCUACAGAGUGAUACGCAAAUCCCUGGUUUAGGAGAGACACAAAUUCCUGGACUUGGAGACUUGGAUCAAUUAGAAUUGAAGAAAAGUGAAAAUGAACAGUCUGAUCAAGACACAAAACUGGAAAAUAAGGCCUCCGAAAAAGAGGUUAAAACUGGUGAGAAAGAGUCUGAGAAACUGGUAAAAACUGGUGAGACUGACUCCGAGAAACAAGAUACUGAAGAUGAGGAUAAUGAGGUGGAUAUGACCAACGAGGAAUUGGAAAUCAUCAAAAAUUUCCAUGGCAAUUCUAAAACAGAUUCUAAUGUGAAAGUGACUAGUAAUGAUACUGACUAUAAUCCUUUUUCCUCUGGGAAUAAUUCCCAGGAAGAGGAGGGUAAUAAUUCCCAGGAAGGGGAUGGCGAUCAUUCCAAGGGAGGUAAUAAAUCCCAGGAAGAGGACAUGGAUGUAGAUAAUGAAGGCGGCGAUGAUUUAUCCAAGUCAUUACAGCAAGCUGCACAGGAAGUGGCCAAGUAUGAAGCACAACCAGAAUUUGUGGAUGAUGUUGAGGACAAUGAAGAUCAGGAAAGAAUAGACUUAGAUGCCAGAAUUAAAGCCAUUAUAGAAAGUCAGGAUUCUUUUUCUGCUGUAGCAGCCUAUGAUCCUGAACAGGAGGUGUUUGACAAGGACUCGUCACCCAUCAAACCAGUCAAAGAAGAGGAGGAACCCAAACCUGUCCCCGCCCCCGUACCUGCCCCAGUACCGCCUCCUGUAGCUGUACUGGAAUCCCCACGUCAUGAGUCUGAGUCAGACGGAGUAAUGUCAGAUGAUGAACUGCAUAAUUUACUUGGUGUGUAGUAGUAAAUGAUUGUAAGACUUUUGAUUGGAUAAAAACAAGAUAUGUGCAGUAAAUAAUUGAAGAAAGCUAAUAUGAUGUGUUUGUCAUCAUUAACUGAAAUUUCAGCAGUGAAUAAUAUUAGGAGGAUGAUAGACAAUGACAGAAAAGGAUAAAACAUGAUAGAUCUCAUUGGUGGAUAAUUUUAGUGCUUAUUGAUGAUUGGUGGAAAUUUUCUUGAAUGUAUUAGAAUGUGUGUGAUGAAAGAGAUUUUUUUUUAAAUUACUUGAAGUUUUACAACUUUGUUAUUGAUUUGAAAGAAAAGAAAAUGAUCUGAAUAAUCCAAAUGGUGCAAAUGGAUUCAUAUUAGAAAACCAUUAAUUAAUUGUCUGUCAUGUCUGUAUACUAUAUCUGUUGUAUAUUGAGGGGAUUAAAUCGUUAAACAAAUGCCAUUAUUGUAAAAUAUUGGCAAUAACGAUUCAAGCAUGAUGAAUUGUGGGAGGAGAAUGUGAUGAGCGUGAAUAACAGUUGUCAAUAAUCAUGAUAAUGGACCAAAUCAAAGCUUUCAUAAUUCUUCCAUUGUGUUCAAAAUUUAAAGGUGUUAAAUGAUAGUGAAAAUGAGAAAAUCAAUGGUUUAACUUAAGUGAUUAUUGUUGUUUAAGAAAUUGUUAAAGUAUAGAUAUGUAUGUGUGUGUGUGUGUACAAUUAAUUGUAUUUAAAAAUUGAGUGAUAUCUUGCUGUAUGACUACCACUGGGAUGAUGUUUAUUUUUAUGUGAAUAAGGGUGUCACAAGCCCUUUAUAAACACUCAUGCUUCUAAAUAAUGUAUUGUAAUUUUUAGAGCUAGCUGUAUGCAGUUCUUAUAUUGUUUUGAUGAUUCCAUGGAUACAUUAAUGGUAGGGGAUUCACAAGCCCUUUAUAUUGUACUAUCCAGUUCCAAGGGCUACACUCUUACUACUCAAUAAUUUAUUGUAACCUUCAGAACCGAGAGUUGGUAGUUCUUUCUAUUUAUUAUCUAUAAUUAGCUUGGUACAUUACUGUUUUUAUGCCCCAUCUAGGAUAGUUAAUGGGCAUUAUGUUUUCUGGUCUGUGGGUCAGUUCGUUUGUUCGUGCGUCCGUUCAUCCCAUUUCAGGUUAAAGUUUUUGGUUGAGGUAGUUAAUGAUGAAGUUGAAGUCCAAUCAACUUGAAACUUAGUCCACAUGAUCCCUAUAUAUAUAUAUAUAUAUGAUAAGAUCUUUCAAAUUUUAAUGCCAAAUUAAGGUUUUUCCCCCAAUUUCUUGGUCCACUGAACAUAGAAAAUGAUAGUGCGAGUGGGGCAUCUGUGUACUUGGGACACAUUCUUGUUCUAUUAUAGACUAAGUUGAAAAUACAAGUAAAUAUGUAUGUAAUACAAUCAAUGGCAAUCUAGUAGAAUCAGCAAUCCAUGAUAUCAGAUAUCAGUCACAAUAGGACAAACUUUCUUAAAGCCACUCUCUAUAUGAAGUCAAUACAUCAGUAUCAAGUCUUUAUUGAAUAAGGGCUAUUCCAGAAAAAAAUGUAUGGGGGGUUGGAAGGCACUUUUUGUCAGCACCUGCCAUCCAGACAAUUGAAAUUGAGACUUACAGUGCAUUAUAGUGUGAAAAGUUGCUCUGAUACCCAUCACCCAUGUAUUAUUAAUAUAAUGUGCCUUCCAACUCCUCCAUACAUUUUUUUCUGGAAUAGCCCUAAGCUUAUUCUGAUCAUUAAUCUAAAUGAUGUCAUGUCACUGAAAUUAAAAAAAAAACAUCUUCUUGAAUGAUAUGAUUGGGUAUAUGUAAUAAACUUUUCCAAUAUAGGACCCGUUUAAACUGUUAACUAUUGUAAUCCCUGGAGUAGAACUCUUGGGAUGGUAUUUGCAUGGGUCUUGAUUGGUAUGGAUUUAAUAUUGAAAAAGCCAUAUAGUGUUCUCUGUUUAACAAAUUGUGAAAAGCACUGCUGAACAGUGUAGUUAUUGCCCUUGGACAAAAAUAAAAUAUGUGCUAUGUGAGGGACAUUGGAAUUCUAUUCCUGUUUUUUUUACUUUAAGUUGUCCUAGAUAUCUAUACACAUUUAAAUGAUUGAGCUAUUAACUAUAAUAAUGAAUUUUAUUUGCAUGCCUAACUCAUCUUGAGAUGAGUUAUGGAUCUGUUUGUUAUUAUGUAUUCAAAUUGUGUAUCUGAAGAUGAUGUGUAAAUCUAAGAAAAUAACUUUGAUGAAGGUGUGAUUGAGUUUCUUAUCAAUUUAAUUUUUGAUAGAAGAUUUCAUACAUAACAAUUAUAUUGCAUUUUUGUGAAUAACUUUGUAAAUUGAGCAUAGAGUGUCAUACAACUAGCACAAUAUAUUGACCAUAGGACGUCUUUGCUUCAAGUUACUUAAUAUUUUGUGCUUGCUUACAAAAUUGCCUCAUUGAAUAGAAUGUGAUGUGUCUGAGAGUAACAUACUGUUGCUUUUAUCAGAAGUUAGUUAGCAAAAUUGUUAGAUUUUCACCCAUUUGUACAUAAACAUUUCAUUCAAGCUAAUUUCCCAAUGCAUGUAGAGCAGAACUUUGGUUAGCUUGUUUGCUUUCUUUGUGUAUUGUAUAAUUGAUUUCGGGACAAUGUCCAAUCAAAUUCAAAUACUCUAAAUUCAGAUAUUCUGGCGAAAAAUCAUCAGGGUUAUAAUCGCUAUAAUUAAAACUUGAUUUUUUUUACAUGAAUUAAACAGGAUAUUGUUGAAUAUCACAAAAAUUAAAAUCACAUUUAUUCAAAAAGACAAAAUCACAAUAAUAAAUGGACCAAUGAUUUCUGAAUUUACAGUAGAAUACAUACAAGUUUGACUAUUCCUAUAUAUAUGGUUUGAAGAUGUCAAUAUCAAUUCCAAAACUUUGGUAAAAGUAUAUUUAAACAAAGCAAGCAAGUGAACCAAAGUUUUACUCUACAAGCAUUAGAAAAUUAGCUCUAAACAUUAUUUUUGUUACCUGUAUGACUGUACAUUUGAUAGUGAAUAUUGUUUUAAGGAAUACAGUUCAUGGGACUGUUUCAUUCAAAUUUAUAUUGAUUAAUUUUCUAUUUGAAAAAAUAUCUUUGCUUUCCUUAUUUUAAUUAUAAAGUACACAAGUGAUGUACCUCUCAUAAAAACAAACAAACUUAUGAAUGAAAUUUUAAAUCAUUUUCUUGUAAAAUAUCUUCAUAAUUAAAUAACAAUCUUUUUUAAUUUUAAGACCAUCUUCAUUAGAUAAAUCAUAUAUACUGAUUUUCAUUUAAAAGACAACUUUAUGUUGUGUAAACCAUUGAAUUCACCUUUUCAGGAACUAGUGGACUAUGGGAAAUCAUUGUUCGUACACCAAAAUGAAAAUAAGGUUACGUCAUUGGUUGAAUUUCAAUUGUUUAGAAGGUUUUUAACCAAUUACAAAGUUUUGGUGUACACUUUUGAAUAUUUUACUCAGAAUGCAUUAGAUUCUGAAACGGCGAAUUACAUUUCUGCAUGAACAUAUGCUAUUGUCAGUAAAAAUGGGUACUGUUUUUUAAUGGUCAAUAGAAAUCCAAAAUGGCAGAACACUUCCAUAUUAACUGAUCUAGAGUUAGGAAUUCUGCAUGUAUCAUAUAGUGUCGAAACAUUAAUUUUUUGUGGGGUUAAAAUUUCAUGGUUUUGUAUCUACAUAAGUUUUCAUGGGGAUUUAAUGUCCUGGUUUCCAUUAAACGGAAAUGAAAGUUUAUGGAGGUUAAAAAUUGGUGGGUUUUUUAAUUUCUUGGCUAUGUUCUUUCCACAAAAUCAUCGAAAUUAAAUCCUUCACGAAAAUUUCUGCUUUUACAGUAUUCUCUAAAUAAAAUAUUGAGGUAUAACAGUGUCCAAAUGUUUAUAUAACAUGUACUCUAAAGAGUUAAGUCACAAAUAUAACUGCCAUAAAAUGUAUAUUAUGUAUAUUGUAUGUGAAAUGAUUGCUAGCAGAUCAUUAAAUUUCAAACCUCAAAAAGGAAAAAAAGGAACAAAUUCGAUACAUCUUAAAAAAUCUUUAAAAGCUAAAUUCUUUCAGCACAAAAAUCACAAUAAUUCUUCUGUGUUAUCAACUUUCAACUGUUUAUUAUCUUAGUGUUCAUCUGGUAUUUAGUAAUGAAACUCUGCAAUAUAAGAUCAUUGAAAACACUUUAUUUUUAAUAUAGAAUAAACUUGUCAUGUUUCAAUAAUAUUGAUACACAUCUGUUAUGUGAUUCUAAAAUUUAAAAGUUUUGUAUGACUGGUUGUAUCAUAAUCAUAAGGACGAAUGUAUGUGAAUGUGAACUGGUUGUAGAUCAUAUUGCUGUAUAUUAUUAUCUGUGUCAGUCAGUGACAUUGUAUUUGUAGAUGUUGAUGAAAUAAAGUCGCAUCUUUUUAAAAGUCAAAA